AUGCUGUCUGCAGUCCGCAGAGGCAGCAGCAGUCUGCUCAAGGCGGCGUCGCUGUCCUCGUUGUCCAGGUCAGCGCUGCCCAUCGCAUCCACCAGCCUCCGUCACAAUGUCCUCGGGACGCCAGCACCAGCACCCGUGACGCUCGCCAGAACAUACGCGACCGAGAUUUGGAAGAACCAAAAGGUCGACACCGAGGUCGAAGCUGCCCUCUCUAGAACACAAAACAUCUUCAAAACCUACAAACCCAUCACCCCCGGCCGACGACACUUGAAGCGACCGCUGAACACACAUUUGUACAAGGGACGGCCGGUUCGCUUCCUGACCAUUGCCCGCAGAAGGAAAGGUGGACGCAACUCGGACGGACACAUCACCGUUCGACACCGUGGAGGUGGACACAAGCAGCGUAUACGAACUAUCGACUUUAUGCGCAAGACGCCUGGUGUUCACGACGUCGUCCGCAUCGAAUACGACCCCGGACGGUCAGCUCACAUUGCGCUCCUCAAGAACCGCGACCCGAACGCUACCGGAACGCAGAAAUGGAGCUAUAUUAUUGCUACGGACGGCAUGAGGGCUGGAGACCAAGUCCAGAGUUUCCGACAGGGCAUUCCUGACGACUUCAUUCCGGGAUUCGAGGUUCCCAAGGAAGAGGGCGACUCUUCAGAAUCCGCCUCGCAAUCCCUUGCCCUCGGUAUUUUGCGUUCAAUGACGCUCAAGCCAGGCAAUGUUCUGCCACUCCACCUCAUUCCUCCCGGCACCGUCAUCAACUGCAUCUCCCUCAAGCCCAAGGGACCCGCCCUUCUCGUUCGGUCAGCCGGAACCUUUGGCCAAGUCGUCGCCCAUGAAGAGAACGGACGUUACGUCCAAGUUCGUCUCCAGAGUGGAGAAGUUCGCAAGGUCCUCCGUGACUGCUGCGCCACCAUUGGCAAGAUCAGCAACCCGCUGUGGAAGAACCGUUCGCUCGGUAAGGCUGGUCGUGCUCGAUGGCUCGGCCGUCGUCCCGCAGUGCGUGGUGUAGCCAUGAACUCCUGUGACCAUCCUCAUGGUGGUGGACGAGGUAAAUCCAAGUCCAACAAGCAUCCUGUCUCUAUUUGGGGCUGGGGUACAAAGGGUACGCGUACGAGGAAGCCAGGUCCCAAGGGUCCCAAGAACAGCAACAAGAUGGUUGUUCGCGAGCGACCUCGUGGCAAGGAGAAGAGGGCUAGCUAG